ACCUUCGCCUUCCGCGAUAUUCUCUUGUCUUUUCCUUCACGUUUGAAAUCUAAAAUGGCUGCUCAGCUGGUUCGUAGGCUGGUCACAGGACUGCCUUUGAAUAGGCUGUACAGCUCGGAAGCCCGCAAGGUGACUAUUAUCCCCGGCGAUGGCAUCGGGCCAGAGAUAUCCACUGCCGUCCAGAAGAUUUUCGCUGCAGCGAAAGUGCCCAUAGAGUGGGAGUCGGUGGACGUGACGCCCGUGCGCGGCCCGGACGGCAAGUUCGGCAUCCCGCAGGAGGCCAUAGACUCGGUCAACAGGAACAAGGUGGGGCUGAAGGGCCCGCUCAUGACGCCCGUGGGCAAGGGCCACCGCUCCCUCAACCUGGCGCUGCGCAAGGAGUUCAACCUGUACGCGAACGUGCGGCCGUGCCGCUCGCUGGAGGGCUACGAGACGCUGUACGACCAUGUGGACGUGGUGACCAUCCGGGAGAACACGGAGGGCGAGUACUCGGGCAUCGAGCACGAGAUCGUGGCCGGCGUGGUGCAGAGCAUCAAGCUCAUCACGGAGGAGGCGUCGCGGCGCGUCGCAGAGUUCGCCUUCCAGUACGCCAAGGACAACGGGCGCCACAAGGUCACGGCCGUGCACAAGGCCAACAUCAUGCGCAUGUCGGACGGCCUGUUCCUCCACUGCUGCCGCGAGGCGGCCGAGAAGUUCCCCGAGGUGCAGUUCGAGGAGCGCUACCUGGACACGGUGUGCCUCAACAUGGUGCAGGACCCCAACAAGUACGACGUGCUGGUCAUGCCCAACCUGUACGGAGACAUCCUGUCGGACAUGUGCGCGGGGCUGGUGGGGGGCCUGGGGCUCACCCCCUCGGGCAACAUCGGCCUCAACGGAGCGCUCUUCGAGUCGGUGCACGGGACGGCUCCGGACAUCGCGGGCCAGGACAAGGCCAACCCCACGGCUCUGCUGCUCUCGGCCGUCAUGAUGCUGCGCUACAUGGAGCUGGGCACGCACGCCGACACCAUAGAGCGCGCCUGCUUCGCCACCAUCAAGGAGCCCCAGUUCCGCACCGGGGACCUGGGCGGCUCCGCCUCCUGCUCGCGGUACACCGACGAGAUCUGCAGGAAGGUCCAGAGCUCCGUGUAGGCCCGCGUCUCCUCCCGCGGAAACAUAACUGGCGUUGAACUUGACAAGUAUUUAUUUUAUUUGUGGGGGCCUCCACGUUGUUUUGAUGGGACGGUUCUGUGGCAGAUUGUCGCUGAGCUGCGGGCCCACUGAAGCAUCACACCCUCGUGCUUGCGCCGUGAGUCGUGUGCGCAGUUCGGCUGGACGCUGGCCAGUUAUGAUUUCGCUCCCCUCUGUUUUGUCCAGUAUUCUCGCGGCGUGAUGUGCAGUGGAACCGGCUGGGAACUCUCGACGAUAGCGGGGGAUUGUGGCGUGCGUUAUCGCUACGCUCGUGUUAUCAAACUUGCAGUUUUGUCAUACUCUUUAUUAUUCUUUGUACUAACAAACUAGUGAAUUUUAAAUCAUGCUAGCAAGGUUCCACUGUGAUGUCACGUUGGUAAUAAACAAGUUGCUCUCAUCGCUUGCUAGUCACGUCUUUAGGUAAAUUCUAUCUCGUAAUUUAACUGCUAGUUUACUAGUAACAUGUGGUUCUGUGGCAAAAAAAAAUCUUUGCAGUCAGUCAAUCAGACAAGUGUAAUGAUUUUUCAGCUAGCAGAACUUAAUUAAUGUAAGUGGUUUGUGUGCUGAUGCAGUGAUAGGAGUGUAGUAAUCUGACUCUUUAGUGAGCUGUGUGUUCUAAUUGGUUGUGGGUUGAUGAGGAGCGUCUGUUCUUGUGAGCAGCGUGCCCAGUGGCGGAGCGGAGACGGCGUCCACAAGGACGGACUGAACACUGCUGGCGAGAGCAGACUGUCCUCAUGUAGCUCCUACCACUCAUGUACAGUAUUUAUGAGGCUAUUUAGUAGAAAAUACACAGCUGGUAUCUAACUCCACCAUGCUAGGUAUGGAAGUCACAAAUAUUAUUUAGAUAAGCAUUUAUCAACCUACCAACAAAUCUGUAAAUUUUAAGAUGGUUGUCAGUAUUAUAUUAGUGAUGUUUUUAGGGAAUAAAAAAAUACUUUACGAAAUCAUUUUUGAAAAUUUUACUCUCUCGUUUCAAUUCUUUUGGUGGGUUUUGGUAGCUACAGGACUGCUACCAUUGAAUGAUCAUGUAUGUUUGUAAAGGCUGCCGUUGUGGUCAGGAACUGUGAUCAUGUGCAUGGCAGAUACUGAGAUAUUGAUAUUAGAAAUACUUUCUAGGUAAGUUUCAAUUUUGAUAUUUCUUUUAAUGAAAGUAAAUGGAACAAUUUUUGAGUUAAAUGAAUAUCUUGAGUGCCUAACAAACAUUAACAUUAUUCUUCUUAAAAGAAUAAACUUAUUAUAUUUAAGUAUGAUUUUAGUUUUUAAACACUAAGAAUGUAUCCAUGCAGUUCUAUAGAAUGACUAAAUGUUAAAUGAUAGCUUGCUUAGACUGUACAUAACAUACAAUCUAGAUAAGAAUACGACUAUGAAUUCAAGAUCAUGGAUGUAAGGGUGACCUGUAAGAAAAGAGUAUCCUAAGUAUUUUAUGAAACAGUCUUGGAUAACAUAAUGCAACCUCAAAUGUACAUAUUUAUUAGAAAAUAUUAAGUGAAACUAUUCUGAAUCACCUCAGAAGCUCAUAUUGCCUAUAGUAGUUCAUUUACCUGAAUAAUUCCCGGACCCAUUAUCUUUAGAUCAUAACCAAAAAUAAUCAUUGAUUAUAAUAAACAUUUAACCAAACUUAUGAAAACAGAGCUUGUAACUAUGGUUUUAAUUUUCUAUUAUGUUCCAGUGUUAAUCAUGUAAAAAAAAAUUGUUCCUUUUUAAACAAAUAGCAUUCUUAUUACUGACAUCUGCCAGUAAUUUUUCCAGCAGUUUUUCUUGCAACAAAAGUACUAAAGAACUAAAUGUACCCAUAUUUGCAAUAAAAUACUUUUAAGUGUAUUCUUAAGAUACAGUAGAACCCUGUUAUAAUGUUCCUGCAUAUAAUGUUUUCCUGCUUAUAAUGUCAUAUUUUUAAAGUCCCAAUAUUUCCUCCAUAAGGACAAUGUAUUUAUUUCCUGCAUAUAACGUUCAUAAAUAGUGUAAGUUCCUGCUAAUAAUGUUUGCUUUCUAACAUUCAAUAAAUGGGGAAAAAAUGUUUUAAAACCAAAUUAUUCCAACACUUACGAUAAAAAGUUUCCUUUAUGUAUGUUUAUGUUUACAAUCACUGCCAUACAAUACAUAAAGUUUGUUAAAAUACAAUUUUAUGCAAUACACUGAAGGUACACAAUGUUCAUAGUUACGUGUCAGUUGGCACCCUUAGUCAACUCUUCCUUGCCAUUCCAGUGGGUAUUCAGAUGCACGUACAUAGUCCUAUGAUAUUUAAGUUGCCAACCAUUGAGCGAGGGGGCAUAACUAAAAGUGUUUUCUAUUGCUUAAAAAUAUAUUUUUUUCCAUUCAUACAUAGGAAUCCCAAAAUUAAACAUUUUCAGGUGGCGAAGGAGUAGACGUUCUCACUCUUAAUGUUGUCAUCAUGAAUCGUGAGACAAUUUUACAAAAAAUGUGGCAGUGUAUCUUUAAAGACAAACAAAAUUUAACCAGGGAACAAGACGAAGUUGAAAAAUUGUUGGCUUGUUUUAGAAAAUUCAUGUAUCAAGUAUAAUAUCUUUGGUUUUAACAUUAAAGUUGUUUACAUAGCUUGGUGAGUUCAUUGGUACAAAGCUCGAACAUUGUUAAGUGCUAAAUUGAGAUUUCCUGCUUAUAAUGUUUUCCUGCUUAUAAUGUUUUUUCCUUGUGCUCCCUUGAAAAACAUUAUAACAGGGUUCUACUGUAUUGUGUGGAUGAUUCCCAAUGUUACCAACACCGAGGGCUGAACUCUCAGGCAUGCGAGGCUAUAAGCGGGAGAAUGGUAAUGUGUUGACUGCGGUGAAGCACCCGUUAGCAUGGGUCACCCAACCUUUGGAACUUGAUGCAACUAGCUGCCAUGGUUUCAAUCCAUCUUUUUAAGUUUGGCACACAUUCUACGAUAAACUGUUUAAUCAGGUUGUCAUACGACCAUAUGUUCACGUUUGAGUGUUUUACUUUCGAAGUUAUCUUCUAAUCAAAAUUGUCGUACAUUGGAGGUCAUUUUAUAUGCAAGUAUACAACAUUAAAAGAUUAUUAAAAUAAAAAAACACUACAAACCAGUACAUGAGCCAUUAAACAUUGGUUAGGCACUUGAUAUUCAUAUAACUUAAAAGUUUUCUUUUCAGAGAAUUUCAAACCUGAAAGGGGACUGAGUGUUUUCAGAACAGUAUUGACUGUGCUCAUGUGUUGUGCACAGCCUUUGAUAGGGUGCAUGUUUAAAUUAAAUUAUCUGGUAAAUCGGGGGACAGCAUUUCCGAGUCUCGCCGAGUUGCAAUGCACGAGCUCCGGGCAUCUCCUGGUUGGUUGGAGAGUGAGCCAAUGCAGAGCAAGAAACAAGAACUGCCUAACGCAACACUCGUGCUCUUGCGACUAGCCUCAUUGAAGGAUCUCUGCAUCAAUGAGUGUGUUACCGUUGUUUAGUGAUUGCGUAUUGCAUUGACCAGGCUUACAGUUACAACAGUAUUUUUGCGGUAACAUUAUUUUAUUUGACAUUGUUGAUCUGAAAGUUAUGUAAGACGUUGCUUGGAUUGGUGCAAUCAUUUUGUCAUACAUGCACACUGUUUCACUUUAGGUUUUGCUUCCAAGACACCAUCAAACGGCCCCAAUAUGAAGUCUGUCCCAGGAACAAGUGCACUAUGUCUUGGUUAUGACCCUAGGCUGUUUCACGACAAAAGAAACUUAUCACAAUGAGUCUGAUUACAGCUUUCUUUGGUUGUUGGCAUCUGUUAAAACAGUAAACAUUUUUUUUUUUUUUUUUUGGGAUAUCUGCUAAGAUAUGUAAUUAUGAGCUAAUGUACAUUGUUUUUUUUUAUAUUUUAUUUUUUCUUUUAUAUUUAUAUACAUGUGUAUGUAGUAUAUCUUUUUUUAGAUUAUCACAUUUAUGAUGUGUUUUCUGCAGAUUCAGACCAGAUUAGGCUUAGCUUUGUAUUAAAAAAAGGUUUCUUAUAUACAUAGUUAUUGUAGAGCAAGUGGUAAAUACUUUACUAAUUUGCAUAUGAAUUAAGUUAAUGUUGCUCCAGCUGAAAUAACAUUUAAAUUAUCAUGUGAAAGUUUCCUAGAUUUUGAAAUUCUACGUAGAACAAACUCUGAUUAUACAGGUAAUUCAUCAGCGUCUAUAAUAAUUGGAAUGUGUACUUUAUGUUUAUGGGUAUCUGGGAAUAAAAGGUAACACGCAUACGUGAAACACCUGUUCUGAUCACUGACUGUCUCGUGUCUGCAAGUCCGCCUCUGCCUGUUCUACAGAACGUGCUUGCAAGGCCGACACGAAGGCCGGCGGAAACUGGGAGCAGGAUGUGGCCCGUCGUGUGUUGUCGGUUGGUGUAAGAUGUUAUAAAAAAAAAAUUUAGUAUUUAAUCUCUAAUCUAGCGUACGGGAUGUCCGCAAAUGCACUUGUUCAUGUGGACCAUGACAGCGUCUCCGUACGGCUAGUUGGGACAUGAACUCGAAGCAGUGUGCAGAAACAUCUGAUCUGUGGUGGGGAGAUACUCCUGUAGCUGUGAUUGAUUCAUGACAAACUUUUGUUGUAAUUAAAUUAUUUUGUUAAUAUUUAUUUGAUUUUUCUACCAGUGGACUGUUGAAAUUGUUUUAAUUCACAGUUGUGACAGUGUGUGUGUGUGUGUGAUAUUAAUAAAACUUUUGUUACUGUUGAUUGGAAUAUAGUGUCUGAUGUUACUUCUCGUUACCUAGAUUAAUGUUAGUUGAAACUAGUCUGAACAAUACAUUGGCUGUAAUAACAUUGUGCCUCUCUUCUUAGUUGUCAUGUAGUGUUGUUCCUUAAUAAAAUAAUAAACGAGUGUGUUUGUA